AUGGAGGAUGAGGAGCCACUGCUGGAGGAUGAGGAAGAGGAGGAAUUUCUUGUUCUAGAUCCUGAACAUCCUCUGGUCAGAAGGCAACAAGCUGCUCUGAACAAACAGCUGAGAGAGAAGCUGGAGAGGAUCGAUCUGGAGUUAAAGGAAAAGCUGGCAAUGGAGAAGGCAGAGGCCAGCCUCAUACAGGAGAAGGGUUUGAAGAUGUUCAGGAUUCAGGAGCAACUGGCCAGACUCCACACAAGGCUGGAGGAGCAAAAUCAGAACAAGGCACAGGCUGAAACUGAAUAUCGGCAGGCCCAGGAUCAGCUGGAGGCAGGAAAUAGCCGCUUUUCCAACAUUAGCAGCCAGCARAGCAAAGCCAAAGCCGAUGUGUCCCAGCUACAGGCAGAGGUGGACGUCUUGUCGCUGCACCUCGUCUUCGCUCAGAGAGCCUGUGAAGAUCUGCAUUCCAACGUCAAAGCCAUGAGGACCACCACACGCAAAGCAGGAGCUGACAAGAGUCAGGCUGAAGAGCAGAAACUGAUGCAGGAUUUAUAUGUGGAUCGUCUGACGAAGGAACUGGAGAGGCUGACUGAGCAGGUUGCCAUGUAUGAGGCCCAGACCAGUGCUCAAGCAGAGGAGAGCCAUGCAGCCAAACAAGCCCACUCUGAGGUUGAGAUGGAGAUGGAGUCUCUGGUGAUAAUGCGUAAACAGCUGCUGCAGCUGUGGAACAGCAGCAUGAUGAACUUGAGGAGACGGGAUGAGGAACUCAGCAAGAUGCAGGAGGCUGUGCGCAUAAAAGAGCAGCAGCUGAUCUUAUUGGACAGAGAGAUAGAAGGCUACAGGAAAUCCACCACUGAAGAACWGGAGAAGAAUGAGACACUGACUCUGCAGCUGAACUGGUCCCAGAUGGAUGGAGCCACCUCCAGAAAUCUGAUCAGUCAGAAGCAGGCCCAGUACGAGGCUCUGCAGGCAGAAUACAGCACCUGCAUCCGCAUCCUGAGGGACUCUGAGAACACCUUGGACAGACUCACAAAGGAAACCAGUAGCCACCAGGCUCAACUGAAUAAUCAGAGGAAGCAGUUGGAGAAAGAGAAUGCUGGGCGUCUGGAGCUGGAGGACAAGAUCAUGACCCACAUGCAGCAGAAGCUCACCCACAACAAGGCUGCUAAGUACUCCCAAAAGCUCACCAGCAAGACAGCUGCACUCAAGAAAGAAAAGAUCUUUCAGCUGUGGCAGCUGGAGAAUGAGGUGGUGGUGCAGGAACUGGAGAGCAACAAGGUCAGCCAGCAUCUGAAGAGCCUCUCCCUCGCUCAGGAAGCCCUCAAUGAGGAGAUCGCAAAGAACCACAAGUUUCUCACGUCCAACCAGGCCAAGAUUUCUUCCUUCAAUACAUUGAUCAAACAGAAAGACGCCACCAUUGCCACCUACAACAGAAAGAUCAGUCAAAUCGCAGCCAACACUGGGSYUGAAGACCUAAYUCCUCUGCAAAUCAAGGUAGAGGCAUUGAAGGCUGAGAUCGAGGWGCUGGKAGCGAAUAUCAAGYAUGACCAGCAGCUCUGGAUGAAACGUCAGGGGAUGCUAGUAGGACUGACGCAGGAAAUAGAGGCCAACAGCAAGAACAUGCUCAAACUGCAGAUAGAGCACACUGUCAUGCAGCAGAAGAAAAUACAUUUCAAGAAUCAGAUUGAAGCAGAGCACCAAGAGCAGAGAGAGCUGGAGAAGAACACCAAGAUGCUGAGAGGAGACCUGCUGAAGCUCAACACCAUGCUCAGCAAGAACGGACAGCUCAGCCAGGCACUGGAGCAGGAGAAUGUGCUGAUGGAGUCAGAUUUUCUGAACAGACUUAAGGAGGCAGAGCAGGAGUCAGUGGAGAUCCAGAUGACUUAUGAGAAGACCCAGGAUGAAAAAGAAAGACUCCUCAACAGUCUGGUGGAAGCUGAGUGGCAGAUCAUGCUGUGGGAGAAGAAGAUCCAGCUUGUAAAAGAGACUCGCUCAGCUUUGAACUCUGAGGGGGUCCAGGGAGAAAUCCAGAUGAUGAAGGCUGAGAUACAUCAUAUGGAGGUGCAACUCAACCAACUGAUGAGGCAGCAAGAGCAGUUGCUAAGGGAGAGUGAAGAUGUAGUGGUGAGGAGGGAGACUAUCGUUCAGCGUAGGGAGGCCAUGGUCCGCAGCUCCCAGAAACAGGCUACAAAGAGCGAGCUGAGCCGCAGCGCACAGGGCCUGCGGCGCCGGAUCAAGGACGUACACAAGCAUGUGGCUGAGUGUGAGAAGGUGAUCCAGGACCAACAGGAGAGCCAGGGGGAUCUGGCUGACAAGCUUGCAAAGCAGAAGCAGCAGCUGAUAGAACUGUGUGGCACCAGCUACACCCUGGAUUCUGAGUUUGCUAAUCUCAAGGACACUAAAAUAAGCAACCUAGCUCACCUGGUGGCUCUACAGAGCCGGACCAAGAAGCUGCAGGGGGUGUGCCAGGGCCGCUACAGAGCUUCGUCCACCAGUGAGUCAGUCAGAGCCGCUCUGCAAACCCAGACUGAACGUGUGCACGCUACCAGCGCCAUCUUGCACAGAGUCUGUGAGGAGUUUCCCCAGCACCAGGGGCCACUCCGCAGGCUAAUGUUAGCAUUGGCAGGUUGUGCUCAGGCCCUAGAUCAGGAGGAAUCCUGAAAGUGUGCGAGACAAUGUAAAGAUGACAGUUAUUACAGGAAGAGGAAGUGAGUAACAUUAGAAUGGGAUGAGAGACAAAGAUAAGUGAUGAAUUGUGUCCAUUACAAUGUCAUCAAAUAAA